UUAUCACCUGACAAUGACAUUCUUAUCAUUAGCCGUCAAAACAUUGUGAAACAAAAAGCAAUAUUGUAGUCUUAUUUUUGCAUUGUGCAUUAAACAAUUCAGAUAAUCACAGAGAGCUGUUGUGUACGGUUAACAUGUGCAACGACUUGGAGUUGUUCUUCAAGCCGAUAGUGUUGGUGACGGGGUUCGGGCCGUUCCUGGGGCACCCCGUGAACGCGAGUUGGGAGGCGGUUAAGCUGAUGGACAAGGAGGCGCUGGAGAAGCAGCACAACAUCGAGCUGGUGACGCUGGAGCUGCCCGUCACCUACAGCAACGUCGACGAGUUCGUGCCGGCGCUGUGGGACACGCACGAGCCUAAGCUGAUGGUCCACGUGGGCGUGUCUCGAGUGGCGGAGUGCCUCACGCUGGAGACGCAGGCGCACCGCAAGGGCUACCAGCGGCAGGACUACCUCGAGCAGUGUCCCGCCAACCACUGCUGCGCGGCGCCCGGUGGCGGCGCCGUCAGGCUGCACACGAAGCUGGAUGUCUCCAGGAUAUGCGCCGAGCUCAACCAGGACGAGGAGCUAACUGCCGUCGAGUCCAAGGACGCGGGCCGAUACCUAUGCGAGUACAUCUACUACACAUCCCUCGCCGCCGACAGCACGCGCACCCUGUUCGUGCACGUCCCCGACACGGACGUGUGGGACACGGCGCGCGUCACCAGAGGCCUCGAGCGCAUCGUCGCACUCUGUCUCACGCAGCUGCGCGAGCGGGACGGCGUCAACGACACCGCUGGGAAGAUGGCUGAAGUUAGCUUACAAGAUACUAACGAGGUUUAA